GUCGGUAAACAGAUGAUAAUGAUGAUGGUGGACAGUGUCCAUGUGUUAAGAAUGAAGUGAAUGGUAUGAUAAGAACUACUACUGUACUACAAACGUUCCUAGUCUACCGACAAGCAUGACAGGCCCUUCAAGAACUCGUGUGUCAAUAUGUUUGGCAUUGAAUAUCAUCAGUUCUAUCACUAUAGUUAUAUUGAAUAAAUGGAUUUUCACAAACUAUGGUUUUCCAAACACAUCACUGACUUUUAUUCAUUUUUGUGUAACUUCAAUUGGACUUCAUAUCAGUAAAGAAUUAAACAUAUUCCAACCGAAAAGUUUGCCAUUCCUUCAGAUGUUACCACUGGCUUUGACAUUUUGUGGGUUUGUUGUGUUCACUAAUCUGUCACUUGGUUUAAAUUCAGUAGGAACAUAUCAAUUGAUUAAAGCUAUGACUACACCUUGUAUUAUUGUCAUACAAACAGUUUUCUAUGCUAAACAAUUCUCAUUUAAAAUAAUCAGUACAUUGAUUCCAAUAUCCAUAGGUGUCUUAUUUAACUCCUACCAUGAUGUCAACUUUAAUCCUUUGGGAAUUCUGUUUGCAACUCUUGGUGUUUUAGUUACUUCGGUCUACCAAGUUUGGGUCGGAUCCAAACAAUCUGAAUUUCAAGUCAAUUCCAUGCAGUUACUAUAUUAUCAAGCACCUUUGUCAGCAUUAUUGUUAAUGUUUGUCAUACCAUUCUUUGAACCACCUUGGCGUUACCAUGGGUUAUUAUAUAAUUGGUCAUUGGGUGCAUUAGUUUGUGUAUUUUUAUCAGGAGUUGUAGCUUUCUCUGUUAAUUUAACUAUUUUCUGGAUUAUUGGUAAUACAUCACCAGUUACAUAUAAUAUGGUUGGUCAUACUAAAUUCUGUCUCACAUUAAUCGCAGGGUUAAUUCUAUUUAAAGAAAGUAUGAAUUUUCAUCAAGGUUUAGGACUUUUAAUAACAUUUGGAGGUGUUUUACUCUAUACACAUUUUAAACUUGAAGAAGGCAAGUCAAACACUUUACCAAUAACACAGCAGACUAUAGACAAGAGAUAGCGGUAUGGCCAGAAUAAUUCAUUUCAACAGUAUUUCUUUGUAAGAGGCAGAUGACAAAUGAUGUAUUUAAUAAUCAACUAUAUUGUUUCUAUGCUUUAUUCAUUCAUUUAUUGUAAUACUAUAAAGUAUUGGUUUGGGUAUAUUCCAUAUUAGUGAAAGUCUGUAAUGAACUAGUCAGAAAUAGCCUUUAAUAAUAGUGAAUACAAAUUCUACACAUAGCUAUUUUUUCUGUUUGAAUUUUUCUGUAAAUGUAACCUUUUAAAAUAUUAUAUUGUUCAUCUACAUAUACUACAAACUAGUGAUCAAUACAAAACCUAUUCCUCAGAAUAAAGGAAAGUAGACUGUUUUUUUUUAAUGUUGUUUCAUCUCUAAAGCUGUAAUGUAAUGGUCUUAACUUUAUAAAUAAUCUUGAAAUGAACAUGUUACAGUGGUGUCUCUUUUUGUGGCCCUUGCUUGGCCCCUUUUACUAAUGUUUCCUGGAUAAGCCACUGCAGCAUUAUCAUUUUUCUGGUCAACCUGAUAUACUGCAUGAUAGUCCCUUGUUUAUUUUUAUUAUGUGUAAUUUAUUUUGUUGUUAUAAAAAUGUUUUACGUGAAAAAUAGAUAGAUUAUGUCAACAU